CCGUCUCCCACGUGAUCAUCAUCUUUAUCAUCAUGGCUCCUGCCCGGUGCUGUGUGCCUGGAGAAAGAUUAUGCAGCCUUGAGGAUUGUUCUCCUGGUUAUGGCACAUAUUGCAAGCAUGGCUACAUUUUUUCCUCCCUUUCUGGAUACGUAGUAAAGAAAACGGACAAUGGCCUGUUGCCAGUUAUUUCUGUAGUGCGAGACACUGACUCACAUCUUCUGCCAGAUAUAGGUUCUAUCGUAACAUGCAAGGUGAUGAGCAUUAAUGCCAGGUUUGCUAAAGUUCAGAUCAUGUAUAUUGGAUCAACAGCUCUGAAGACAACGUUUAGAGGCACUAUAAGGAAAGAGGAUAUCAGAGCAACUGAAAAAGACAAGGUGGAGGUAUACAAAAGUUUUCGUCCGGGAGAUAUUGUUGUGUCCAAAGUAAUAUCUCUGGGAGAUGCACAGUCUAAUUAUCUUUUAACCACAGCUGAGAAUGAGCUUGGAGUGGUGGUGGCGCACAGUGAAGCAGGUGCAAGCAUGGUUCCCAUCAGCUGGUGUGAGAUGCAGUGCCCAAAGACUCACAUCAAAGAACAGCGGAAGGUGGCAAGAGUCCAGCCAGAGUUUCUUCAAACAUAGGAUGCAAAAUACAAGCCUGCGAUCUGAAAUCAUCCUUCAACUAGGGGGGGGUUUGAAAUUCCCCAUAACCACCGUGUGGUUAACUAGGUUUUUUUUUGUUUUUAAAUCUCCAGUGUUCAGUUAAGACAUAGGUGUUUUUUUGUUUGCCAUAUAUU